CCCGGUACUUUUCUCCGCCCCUUCCCCAUCUCGAUCUAGGGCACGCCACCGCUCACAUCCGUUCACCGCCACCGCCGUCGCCGGUGGUUUUUCCUUGAACUUUAACAUAAGUCUGAUCCAUUCAAUACCUUCUCUCUAUAUCUUACGCUUGCAUCUUUAGCAACUUGCUCUCCCACGGCUAUUGUUGGCGCUGCCCGGGGCAUAAUCUACCGCCAGAGCCGGCCGCCGGAGAUAUAAAAGUAGGGUAACCUAGGCACCUGUCGUUGAGCUGUGACUGGAUGCCAUGCACGCGGCUAAAUCAUGCAAAUCGUUGAUACUGUACUAAGAAGAGUAUUGCUUUGGAAGCAGCCUCGCUGCGCCCAGAUUUAGUGGGACGCAUUCCUGUGUAUAGAUAGCCUCUUCGUUAUCUGUCGUUCAAGAAUCCUCUGUAAUAAUGGCUGGAGCCGCUUGGUUCUAAUGCCGUGCGCCUAGGAGAUAGGAGCAAGGGAAUGAUUGAGAAUCAUUUGAAGCCUUUGUUUGGGACAUAGCCUGUUGUAUACACAUUCAUGGAAAGCAGAAGUGAAGGAGACGAAUUGAUAGAGGAUUAUGUUGAAUGUCUGAUGUCCCUGGAUGCUGCUGCCCGCCCCUGUGAUGAUGAUAAUUCAUCCCUUGCAGCUCAUUCUGAAGAUCCCUCAAAUAUUCCUGUUGGAAUCAUUAUUCAACCAGAUAAAGAUUUGGCUUCUGUUACUACAGAGGAUAGUAAAGAACCCAUAUUAGGUAUGGAGUUUGAAUCUGAUGAGGCUGCAAAGUCAUUCUACAAUGACUAUGCUCGUCGAUUAGGUUUCCCUUUCCGAGUGGGCAGGUCCCGACGUUCUAAGGGUGUUGAGGAGGUCCUUAUUAUGAAGAGAUUUGUGUGUUCUAAAGAAGGCAUAUACCGGAAGAAACCUUCAAGUGAAGGGAUGAGAAAACGUGAGAGAAUGUCAAUGAGGGAAGGUUGCAAGGCAAUGAUGGAGGUGGUACGCAACUCUGAUCGAUGGGUAGUCUCAAAGCUUGAGAAGGCUCACAAUCAUCACCUUGGAACAUGUAGUCGAGUGGGCUAUCUUCGUGCAAGAGGUUUUAUUGAUACAUCUGAGAAAACAAAUAUAGUUUCAUCUGAUACUGCGACUCUACUUCGACAAAAUGCCUUUGGUGAAGGAGGUGAUGCUCAGAGUCUUCUAGAUUACUUCAAGAGAAUGCAAGCUGAGAACCCAGCAUUCUUUUAUUCUAUCCAAGUUGACAACAAUAGCUGUGUGACUAAUGCUUUCUGGGUGGACUCCAAAGCUAGAACUGCAUACAACUAUUUUGGUGAUACUGUAUCAUUUGAUACAACAUACAAAAAGAAUAAGUACAUGAUGCCCUUUGUUGCAUUCUCUGGAAUCAACCAUCACUUGCAGCCUGUUAUCUUAGGAUGUGCCUUGCUUAUAGAUGAGUCUGAAUUUGCAUUUAUUUGGCUAUUCGAAACUUGGUUAGCUGCAAUGGGUGGCCGCCCUCCUUUGUCAUUGGUUACUGAUCAGAAUAGGGCCAUGGCAGCGGCAAUUGCAAAGGUAUUCCCUAGUACCUGCCAUCGAUUUUGCAAGUGGCUCAUUUUAAGUAGAAGCAAGCAGAAGUUAGCUCAUCUGUAUUCCACACAUACUUCUUUGAGAGGGGAACUGGAAGAAUGUGUCAUCAAGACUGAAACUGUUGAAACUUUUGAAGCUAGAUGGGCAUCAAUCAUAGACAGAUACGAUCUUCGGAAAAAUUCAUGGCUUCAGACACUAUAUAAUAUCCGACAAAAGUGGAUCCCAUUGUACUUAAAGGAUACAUUUUUUGGAGAAAUGUCUCCCUUUCAGAAGCUAGAAACUAUGAAUGAUUUCUAUAAAAAGUACUUCAAUACAAAGACCUCAUUAAAAGUAUUUCUCACUCAGUUUGAAUUGAUUAUGGCGAGGCGAUUUGAAGAAGAAGUGCAAGAAGACUACAAUACUCUAUGCACUAAGCCAAACCUGAAGACUGCCUCGCCAAUAGAGAAACAAGCAUCAGCUAUCUACACAAGAGCAGUAUUCAAUAAAUUCCAAGAGGAGUUUGUGGAAUCUUUAGGUUACAACGUUUACAAAAUAAAAGAUGGAGUAAAUUGCAAAUUCACUGUAACAGGUGAUGAGGAUUCUCUGGAGACAUUCAUUGUCUCAUAUAAUACUAGCAAAAUGGCAGCAGCUUGUAGUUGCAAAAACUUUGAGUUUUCUGGCAUUUUAUGCCGCCAUAUUUUGGGGGUGUCCUUGAUGAUUGAUGUUCGAGUUCUGCCUAAAGAGUAUUUCUUGCAGCGUUGGACUAGAAAUGCAAAAGUUGGCUCCGCAAUGUAUGAACUCAAUGGUGAGCUUCUUAAUCCUUCCCAAGAAUCCAUUACUUCACGAUACAAUGAUCUUUGUCGAGAUGCCAUUAGAUGUGCAGAGAAAGGGGCUAUUUCUGCAAAGAUGUAUAAAGCUGCCAAAGAUGUUUUAAAGAAAGCCUAUGACAAUAUGAUUGCUUUUGAGAAAAAUGCUUCAAGAGGUUCACAGACAGAUGGAAUCAACAUUAAUGAAGAAAUUACUAUAGAUGAUGCGAUCAAUGAUCAGUCUUUGCAAGAUCCUGAAAGAAAGGUCACAAACUUAAUCGGACAGCUACUUGGCCACUGGGGGUCACCAUAAAAGGAUUUCUUUCUGGUGUAUUUGUAAUUUUAUGCAUAGCACUGUUUGAUUUAUCCAUCAUCACAGACCCUUGAGCUUUCAGCAGAUUGCCAAAGAGGUUCUGAUCAUGUUCUGGUCUAGUUGGUUUGCCAAAGUUUGUCUUGCGAUGUUUGGUACUUUUGAAGGGAAGGUUGGAAACAUGGCGAUAUCCAAGUAAGAUAUCAUUAAAGGCCAGAUCAUCAAAAUGAUGUACAUAUAUAUUAAUUAUUUGUUUUCUCCUCCCACUCUCUGCUAUUCUAGAUUUACAUAUCAGGACAUGAUGCAAAGUUAGUUUGUACUAAAUGGACUGUGUAUGUGUCUGUUGAGAAUUCAUUUAUAAAUAACAAAUUUAGCUUAUAAAAGA